AUGGCCAAUAAAGUUCCUUCGUCUCUUUUGAACUUACCUGUUGAGCUUGUCCUUCGCAUUUUGGACAAGCUCGAUGAAUUCACAAUCUUAUGUUCAGUUCGUAAUGUAUGUACACAACUGAAUGCAAUUACUGACAAAUAUCAUCGAUACCAGACACUGACCACGCUAAAUCUUCACAACAAUGAAAUUGGAGACAAAGGCGUACAACAUCUGGCUGAUGCUUUACGAAAUAAUACAACACUCACCUCCCUAAAUCUUCACAACAAUAACAUCGGAGAUAUAGGAGCAAGACAUAUAGCUGAUGCUUUACGAAAUAACACGACACUCACCUCACUACAUCUCUCCUCCAAUAAAAUUGGAGCUCUCGGAGCACAAGUUCUUGCUGAUACAUUACGAAAUAACACGACACUCACCUCACUACAUCUCUCCUACAAUCAAAUCGGAGCUCUUGGAGCACAACUUCUGGCUGAUGCCUUACAAAAGAAUACGACACUCACCUCACUAUAUCUCUCCUCUAAUAAAAUCGGACAUACGGGAGCACAACUUCUCGCCGAUUCUUUACGGAAUAAUAAGACACUCACCACACUAGAUCUCACGGAUAAUCGAAUCACAGCUUUCGGAGCACAACAUUUAGCUGGUGCUUUACACAUCAACACGACACUCACAUCAUUAUAUCUCUCCUCCAAUGAAAUUGAAGACAAAGGAGCGCAACAUAUGGCUAUUGCCCUAAAGAACAACAAAACACUCACCACGCUGGAUCUCUCCUGGAAUCAAGUCGGAACUCUUGGAACAAAGCAUCUAGCUGAUGCUUUACGAAAUAACACAACUCUCACCUCAUUGAUUCUCUCAUCCAAUGAAAUAGGAGAUAUAGGAGCACAACAUAUAGCUGUUGCAUUACGCAAUAACAAGACACUCACCACACUAGGUCUUUCCUGGAAUCAAAUCAAAGCUGUUGGAGCACAACAUUUGACUGAUGCCUUACAGCAUAACACGACACUCACCUCACUCAAUCUCUCGUCCAACGAAUUGGAAGCUCUCGGAGUACAACAUGUGGCAGAUGCUUUACGAAUCAACACGACACUCACCUCACUCAAUCUCGAGUCCAAUGAAAUUGGAGCUCUAGGAGCACAGCAUCUGGCUGAUGCUUUACGAACCAACACGACACUGAUCACACUGAAUCUCAAAGGUACGGGAAUUGGUGCUAUUGGAGUACAACAUCUGGCAGACGCGUUACGAACUAACACGACACUCACUGCACUCAAUCUCGAAAGCACUGGGAUCGGUGUUGUAGGAAUACAACAUCUGGCUGACGCUUUACGAACUAACAAGACUCUCACUACACUAGAUAUCUCGUACAAUCGAAUAAGAGAUGUAGCGGCAAAAUAUCUGGCUGAUGCUUUACAAGCUAACACGACACUUAAAACACUGAAUUUUCGAGGCAAUGAAAUCGGUGAUGAAUUCCAGCAUCGUUUACAGCAAAUGAUGGAAUCGAGUAAAGGACAAGACAAAUGA